GACUCUCGUGGAAGAACAGACCGAGUCGGUCGCGCUGUGGCCUCCGAGAGAAUGUCGACGAUCUAUAUUGCCUUCACCAUCUGCGGGAUUUUCGCCGUCAUAUCGGGCCUGCCUUCGCGGACCGCUGUGACGGCGGCAUGGUCAGCGUCAGUGGGGCAUCACACAGCAGGCUUGGGACACCACCAUCAUUAUCACGCAACCAGCCCGCACGGCAAUUCUUUCAGCCAAGAUCCGUCUCAAGACAGUCACAUCCAGUACAGCCCCACUACCGCUACAGUCACGACGAACAUGACUUACUGCGUCAGGUUGAGUGGGUGCGGCAGCAGCGAGAGGGGGACAGUCAGCCCCCGCCGCUCUUCACUGCUGUCGCUGCCGCUGCUGCGUCAGGCGAAUCCUUUCUCCUCGACUUCCCUCUCAGACGGGCUGCUGCUACAAAUGCUGCUACAACUGCUGCUACAACUGCUGAUACAACUGCUGCUACAACUGCUGAUACAACUGCUGCUACAGCUGGUUUCACAACUGCUGCUGCUACAACCGGAGAUGCCAGCCUGAAAGCCCACAGGAGGAGGAGGAGGCAGCGAACAGUGAUCAUCGGACCAGUGUCCCUGCAAUGGGUCGCCGCAGGGUACCAGCCGUCUCCGAAGAGCCCGAAAGGCCCCUGCACGGCGCUCAAGAGAGUGUUCAUAGUCCGAGUCAAGUCGGCUGCUGACUUCGCCGCCAGGGCCUCUCUCCCGCGCACCACCACCGUCAUUCUCUAUUUACAGAAAGAUUUGUCGCUGCCGCAAGGGGUUCUGUUCCAGCGGCAGCAGUCGUGCACGAUACUCAUGUCAGCAAAAUGGCCCGGUUACACGCUGACGGGUGGUAACCCUAUGUAUCCGGUGCUGCGCGUGUGGAACACGAGCAACGUGGUGUCGCUAAACGUGAACUACCACCUGCCGGUGACGGAGAGCAGCCCCGAGUGCACCACUGUGCCCGAGCUCGGCAAGGGCGUCACCUGCCCCGCCAUCUCCAUCCAUCGGUCCUACGGCGUGCAGAUUGGCAAGGGCAACAUCUUUGGGCGAGUGGACGUGCUUCGCAGCAUGGAAGUGCGGCUGGACUCACUCACGGUCACCGGAGUGGCGUCCUUCAACAAGUCGCCUGGAGUGAUCCGAGUGGCCCUCAGUGGGUAUGGCCCGGGACUGCUCAAAUCCAACAUUGUGAUUUCCAACAAUGAGGUGUACGGGGUGAACACCCCGAUCGUCAUGCACAAGGGAGCGGUUGGUGUAACCGUCAGGAACAACUACGUCCACAGCUUCAUUUUCGCCGGGAUUCGGAACGUGAUAGAGAACGUGGCGAUGAAGGGCACGCAGGGCUCGCUGGGGUGGACGUCGUGCUUCACAGUGACCGUCAACAACUGCCUCAAAGACCCCGGCAACUACUGGGAGGCCAUGCGCGUCAAAUACUACAACAGCACCCGCAUCAACCAA